GCGGCGCCAAGGCCGCUCCGGGCCCCAGGAGGGCAGCGCGCGCGGCGCCCGCCGAGCCUCUGCCCCGGGCCGGGAAGCCGCUGCCGCCCGGGGCCGAGCCACCGCCCACCGCUGCCAAGGGCCGCAAGGCCAAACGUGGCUCCGGGACGCUCCCCGCCCGCGCCGCCGGGCUCCCCACCCCCGCCGCCCCGGUCCCCUCGGUGAUCCUCGCCGUGACCUCCGCGGCCGGCUCCCCGGCCCCCGGCUCGCGCAUCAGCCACACCGACAGCAGCUCUGACCUCUCGGACUGCCCCUCCGAACCCCUGUCGGAUGAGCAGCGCCUGCUCCCCGCCGCCAGCAGCGACGCCGAGUCCGGCACGGGUUCCAGCGACCGGGAACCCCUGCGAGCAGCCCCUACUGCGAGCCCCGCAGCUCGGGGGGCGCCGCCCGGCAGCCCCGAGCCCUCCGCGCUCCUCGCCGUACCCACCGCCUCCGGCGUCUGCCUCGGGGGUCGGAGCAGCCCGGGCGGGGUCCCCGCGGCGUCCUCGGCGCCCGGCUUGGCGGAGGAUGCCGGGGAGCGCGUGCUGCUGGAGCAAACUCUACCCGGGAACCCCAAGGAGCCCGGCUCGGGCGAUCAACCCCAGCUGGUACCGGCGGUGGAGGAGGAGGAGCUGCUGCGGGAGAUGGAGGAGCUUCGCUCCGAGAAUGACUAUCUCAAGGAUGAGUUGGAUGAACUCCGUGCCGAAAUGGAAGAGAUGAGAGACAGUUACUUAGAGGAAGAUGUUUACCAGCUGCAGGAGCUACGGCGAGAACUGGACCGUGCUAAUAAAAACUGCCGAAUCCUGCAGUACCGCCUCAGGAAAGCUGAGCAGAAGAGCCUGAAAGUGGCCGAGACUGGUCAAGUGGAUGGCGAGCUGAUCCGAAGUCUGGAGCAGGACUUAAAGGUAGCCAAAGACGUAUCGGUCAGAUUGCACCAUGAGCUGGAAACUGUGGAGGAAAAGCGUGCUAAGGCUGAAGAUGAAAAUGAAGUUCUCCGACAGCAGAUGAUCGAAGUGGAAAUAUCCAAGCAGACCCUCCAAAAUGAGCUGGAGAGACUGAAAGAGAGUUCCCUGAAAAGAAGAGGCGGUCGGGAAACGUAUAAAGAAAAGAAAGCUUUUAACCAGCAGAGUGGUGGAGCGGAGCGCCUUGGGAACUGCAGGUCUGCGACCAAAACUCAAAGGAAACUGGCGCCCCGGCGCAAGGAUGACAGUGCCGAUUUGAAGUGCCAGCUUCAGUUUGCCAAAGAGGAAGGAUCCCUGAUGCGCAAAAAGAUGGCCAAGCUGGGGAAGGAGAAGGACGAGCUGGAACAGGAGCUACAGAAGUACAAGGCCCUCUAUGGCGACGUGGACAGCCCUCUCCCCACAGGGGAGGCCGGCGGGCCGCCCAGCACCAGGGAGGCCGAGCUGAAGCUGCGGCUGAAGCUGGUGGAGGAAGAAGCCAACAUCUUGGGCCGAAAGAUUGUGGAGCUGGAGGUUGAGAACCGAGGCCUCAAAGCGGAGAUGGAAGACCUGCGGGGCCAGUAUGAGCGAGAGGGGCCUGGCCGGGACCACAUCCCAAGCAUUCCUACCUCACCCUUCGGUGACUCCCUGGAGUCCUCCACGGAGCUCCGCCGACACCUGCAGUUUGUGGAGGAGGAAGCAGAGCUGCUCCGGAGGUCCAUAUCUGAGAUCGAGGACCACAACCGGCAGCUGACCCACGAGCUGAGCAAGUUCAAGUUUGAGCUGCGGCCGGAGCCUGGGUGGCUGGCGGAGAAGGGCGCGGGCAGUGGGGUCCCGCUGCAGGAGGAGCUGAAGUCCGCCCGCCUGCAGAUCAACGAGCUGAGCGGGAAGGUGCUGAAGCUGCAGUAUGAGAACCGGGUGCUGCUGUCCAACGUCCAGCGCUAUGAUCUGGCCGCCCACCUGGGCCUGCAGGCCCCGAGCCCCCGGGACAGUGACGCCGAUAGCGACGCGGGCAAGAAGGAGAGCGAUGGGGAGGAGGGCCGCCCACCCCAGCCCAGGCGAGAAGGCCCUAUUGGUGGUGAGAGUGAUUCGGAGGAGAUGUUCGAGAAGACGUCGGGCUUCGGCAGUGGGAAGCCCUCGGAGGCGAGCGAGCCUUGCGUGGCAGAGCUCCUGCGGGCCCAGGAGGACUCCGAGUGCCUGGGGAGCAUACGACACGAGGCCGAGCGGCUGGAGCGGACCAUGGAGCGCCUCAUCAGCGACACCGAAGGCUUCGCAGCCGACGCGGGGCUGCAGGGCCUCCAGGGGGAAGGGGACCAGGGAGAGAGGGGCAAGAAUGAGCCCCAGCUGCUGGGCACCAUCAACGCGAGGAUGAAGGCUUUCAGGAAGGAGCUCCAGGCCUUCCUGGAGCAGGUGAACCGCAUUGGGGACGGGCUGAGGGAGCGCCUGGAAGGCCUGUCCCCCUUGCCCCACCUCACGGAAUCUUCCAGCUUCCUCUCCACCGUGACCUCUGUAUCCCGGGACUCCCCCAUCGGGACCCUGGGGAAGGAGCUGGUCCCAGACUUGCAGUCCAAACUGAGAGAUCAGAUGGAGUGGCAGCUCGGGCUGGAGCGAGGGGACGAGCCGGAGCACCUGCGCCUCCGGGCCGCCCGGGAGCUGCACCGCCGAGCCGACGGGGAUGUGGGGAGCUGCCGGCUGGGAGGCCAGAGCUGCUUCAGUCCAGAGCUCAGGGGCCCCCCUGUUUUACCUGAGCAGAGUGUAUGGAUAGAGGAGCUCCAGGGUCAGCUUGCACAGGCGACCAGACUGCAUCAAGAGGAGACAGAGAAAUUUACAAACAAGAUCCAUAAGAUGGAGGAGGAGCACCUCUAUGCCUUGAGGUGGAAAGAACUGGAAAUGCACAGCCUGGCUUUGCAAAACACCCUCCAUGAGCGGACGUGGAGUGAUGAGAGGAAUCUGAUGCAGCAGGAGCUCCGGUCCUUGAAGCAGAACAUUUUCCUUUUCUACGUCAAACUCAGGUGGUUGCUGAAACACUGGCGGCAAGGGAAACAGAUGGAGGAGGAAGGGGAAGAUUUCACUGAGACUGAGCAUCCAGAGACUCUCCCCAGGCUCGGUGAGCUUGGAGUCCAGGGGGAUGCAAAAGGGGACGGCCCAGACCGCGAAGACGACAGCCCAGGCUGCGGCUUUGCCCUGGGGGAGCAUUCCCCACGCUCCGCCGUGCAGAUGGGUGAGCGUGGACCACGGCUGCAGCCUGCAGAUGGCGGACAGCUCCACAGGCAGGUGGUGGAAAACCAGCAGCUGUUCGGUGCACUCAAGAGCUUGCUGGAGGACUUGCGCUCGGAGCUGCGGGAGGACGAGCAUGCCCGGCUGCGGCUGCAGCAGCAAUACGCCAGCGACAAAGCUGCCUGGGACGUGGAGUGGGCCAUGCUCAAGUGCCGCCUGGAGCAGCUGGAAGAGAAGACUGAGAAAAACCUGGGAGAAUCAGGCCCCUCUGUUGACAGCAAAGGAGCCUUCAAGAAGGAGAGGGAGAUACAUCAGAAGCUGCUUGCCGACAGCCAUGGCCUGGUUAUGGACCUGCGCUGGCAGAUCCACCACAGUGAGAAGAACUGGCACCGGGAGAAGGUGGAGCUCCUCGACCGCCUCGACAGAGACCGGCAGGAGUGGGAGCAGCACAAGAAGGAGCUCUUGUGGAGGAUAGAGCAGUUGCAGAAAGAAAACAGUCCCCGGAGAGGUGGCAGUUUCCUCUGUGAUCAGAAAGAAGGCAACAUCCGCCCCUUUGCCCACCCGGGAAGCCCCCGUGUGCCCCGUCCCCUGGGGCUGUGGCCCUGCUCGGACACUGACUCCGUCCCAUUUGAUGACCGGCCGCUGUCCAAGCUGAAAGAAUCCGACAGGUGCUCGGCCCGGGAGAACCUCUACUUGGACACCCUGUCCCUGGACGACGAGCCCGAGGAGCCUCCGGCCCGUGGGCCCCAGAGGGAGUUCGAGAACUGCCUCCCUGAGGAAGAAGAAAAUCCCAAGGGAAAUCUUCAAAGGGCAGUGUCUGUGUCCUCCAUGUCUGAGUUCCAGCGCCUGAUGGACGUCUCUCCCUUCCUGCCAGAGAAAGGCCUGCCCGCUGCCAGUAGCAAGGAGGAUGUCACUCCGCCCCUGUCUCCUGACGACCUGAAGUACAUCGAGGAGUUCAACAGCAAGAGCUGGGACGAGAGGCCCCUAGACCCCUGGGCAGAUAGGACCGAGGCAGGGCGGGUGGGGAGCGAGGCCGGCGCCGAGCCUAUCCCUGACUCCUCCUGGUACCUCACCACAAGCAUCACCAUGACCACAGACACCAUGACCAGCCCAGAGCACUGCCAGAAGCAGCCCUUGCGGAGCCACGUCCGGGCCGAGCCCUCUGGGGUGCGGGUGCUGCACAGCCCGCCCGCGGUCCGCAGGAUGGACAGCAUUGUGGUGGCGGGUGGCGAGGUCCAGGGCCGGCCGGAGCCCGAAUGCCCGUUUUCCACAAGCAGAGCCAGAGGGGGCACGGGAGACACAAAGGGGGUUUCCUCAGAACACAUGCUUGGCAGGUGGCCUGGUGCCUCCUCCAGACACCCCCGAGACUAUGUGGAGGGAGGGCUCCGCCCCCUCGAUAGCACCCUCUGCACCCCCCUGGGUUUUGCCUCCCCACUGCACAGCCUGGAGAUGUCCAAGAACAUGAGUGAUGACAUGAAGGAGGUGGCCUUCUCCGUCAGGAAUGCCAUCUGCUCUGGUCCCACUGAGCCUCUGGUCAGGGACAUGGCCUGUCAGACCAAUGGGUCCCGGACCACGGGGACACAGACCAUCCAGACCAUCAGCGUUGGCCUGCAGACUGAAGCCCUGCGUGGCAGUGCCGUCACCAGCAGCCCCCACAAGUGUCUCACACCAAAGGCGGGGGGUGGUGCCACGCCCGCGUCGUCUCCUUCCCGCGGCCUUAGGAGCAGGCAGGUGGCCCCUGCCAUCGAGAAGGUGCAGGCCAAGUUUGAACGCACAUGCUGCUCCCCCAAGUACGGGUCUCCCAAGCUGCAGAGGAAGCCUCUCCCCAAAGCUGACCAGCCAAAUAAUAGGACCUCCCCAGGGCUGGCCCAGAAGGGGUGCAGCGAGUCAGCUUGGGCCCGCUCCACCACCACAAGGGAGAGUCCUGUGCACACCGCCAUCAAUGAUGGCCUCUCCAGCCUCUUCAACAUCAUCGACCACAGCCCUGUGGUGCAGGACCCCUUCCAGAAGGGGAUGCGGGCCGGGAGUCGGUCUUGCUCGGCAGAACCCCGGCCGGAGCUGGGCCUGGGCCAGGAAACCAGCCCUAGUUCCCGGGGACAAUCUCCCAGCCCCAUUGGGGUUGGCUCAGAGACAUGUAGGGAGGAAGGGGGAGAGGGCACACCUGUGAGGCAGGACUUAUCUGCUCCCCCUGGCUACACGCUCACGGAGAAUGUAGCCCGGAUCCUCAACAAGAAGCUGUUGGAGCAUGCCUUAAAGGAGGAGAGGAGGCAGGCCCCUCAUGGCCACCCAAGUCUUAACAGCGACAGCCACAUGGGAGAAGCAGUCAAAGCCGAAUCAGGGUCCAUUGAGGAACUACCUUGUUCCGCACUAGCCCCAACCCUAGAGCCCUGCUUCUCCAGGCCCGAGAGACCAGCACACCGCCGCCCUCCGUCCCGCUGGGCCCCACAUCCCCCCACGGCCUCACUGGCUCAGUCGCCCGGAGAACCCAAUUCCGUAGAGGAGCUCGGCGAUGAGGAGCCGCCCUGGGAGAAGCUCCACCCGUGAGGAUGCAAGUUUGCACGGAUUAUCCUGGAAUAAUUCACUGUAAUUUGCAUAAUCACACCAUCGGCAUCAACCAAACUCCACCCAAAAGAAGAGAUCUCGUUUCCCCAAGGUCAAAGAAUGUUUUUAAAAACACACACAGCUGCUGAAUGUUCAACCUGUGAACCUGAGAUGUUUCUAGAAUGAAACAGUAAAUGUGCCUGUAAUAACUUAAUUUUUUUCAUAGCUCAGAAAACUAUUUUUGUCUCCAUCUUUUUUACACACAGUAUAUUAAACAAAAAAAGGUAAAUAAGAUAUAAAUAGAUUUAAAAAAUAAAAGUUUUAAAGAUGUACAUUUUAAGAGAUUCUGAACACCCUCGCUCUCAGUACUGACUGCCUCUCUGUUAAAUUUGCACUGUUACUUAUGAGUUUGGUUUAUUUCCACGUUGAAUUUGAGUGUUUUAAGUUAAUUUUAUUUUGUCAGCGUUCUUACUUUUUAAGAAUUUUUGAAGUGCUUCAGACUGUCUGAUUCAGUGAACUUUUUGUAGUGAAAAAGCCAUGAAGCCAGUAGACAAGACAGAUGUCCUAUAUCCUGAAGGGGACGCUCGUCAGCAUUUUUGCAAAGGUACAGAGUCCUCAGCCGGGCUUACCAGAUGCGCUGUAAAAUCCACACGCUCUGCGCAACCUGCACGUCUUCGGGUUCGAAGCACUUGGGUGCAUGUACAUACUGCUGCUGUGGUCUCACCAUCGCCACGUGUGAGUCGUCUGUCACAAUGUAGUACCUUGUGAAUUCCCUCAUACUGUACUUUGAUUGUCCUCUUGCAUUGAUGAUACAACAGCAACGGCAUUUUUAAAUUAUUGUUAAAAGAUUAACUGGCAAUAUACAGUGUUUACUCAAAAUUUUCUUGUUUAAGGAAAAACUGCAAAAAGUCACGAAGAUACCAAAUUGAAACAAAGGAUGGUGCCUCGGAGUCUGUAUGAGACGAUGAUGAAGUAGGAAAUAAAGCCUUUACAAGAUGGCA